AUGAGUAGUCCAAAGAGGAGAAUCGAGACAGAUGUAUGGAGUCUGACUACUGAUAGGCUCAUGAGUGACUACGAGGUGACUCUGGUCAAUGACAACAGUACGCUUCACCAUCCGCAAGAGUUCUAUGUAAGAUUCAAGGGGCCAACGGAGACUCCAUUCGAAGGAGGACUCUGGAAAAUCCACGUCGAACUACCCGACCAAUAUCCCUACAAGAGCCCAAGCAUCGGUUUCGUGAACCGCAUCUUCCACCCCAACAUUGACGAGUUAUCCGGCAGCGUAUGUCUCGACGUGAUCAACCAGACCUGGUCACCCAUGUACGACAUGGUCAACAUCUUCGAAGUCUUCCUACCGCAACUCUUACGAUAUCCCAACCCGACCGAUCCAUUGAAUGGCGAGGCGGCUGCGUUGAUGAUGAGGGAGCCGAAGGGCUAUGAGGCGAAGGUCAAGGAAUACGUGACCAAAUACGCAUCGAAGGAUGCAGCCGACGACGCUGGCGGCGACUCGAACGAUAGCGACGAAAUGAGUAGCGUUGGCAGCUACGACGAUGACGACGAAGAGCCUGCGGGCACGAUGGAUGAGGUCUGAGUGCCGGCUCGCUCGACUGCAAUACGGCACACUUCCCCAAGCAAGGCGCUUUUCGAGGAUGGAGUCAGGGCG